UAGCAAUUCAAAAAAAUCUACUUUAUUUGAUUUUUUAAUUAGUCAUUUUAGUUUGCUGACAUAAACAUUUAUUCUAGAACAGUUUUUUUUUAAUAUUAAGUAUUAAAAACGCUAUUCUGUGAAAUUCAUUUUUCUGUCAAUACAACGUUGCAAUGACCGUGUUAACAGCACUAACAACAAAUUUUUACAAUUUAAAUACAAUUUUUUUGUUAUUAUUUAUCUUAUUAGUUUUUUUUUGUAUGAUUUAUUAUGUUCAUGAUGAUGAACAACAAAUUAUAAGAAAAAAUCAAUUAUCAAAGUUGCCAUGCAUUACGAAAAAUAUAUGGGAAAAUAUUGUAUUUUCAAUAAAAGUCGCUAGACUAACUCCUAGAGAGUAUAUUCCUUUCUUCUUUGAUUUAUUCAAAAAACAUGGCUCGAUUAUAUACUUUAGGAUAAUGAUGCGAAAUUAUGUUGCCCUUAAUAAUCCUAAUGAUAUAAUGGUUCUAUUAUCAAGCACGAAACAUAUCACCAAAGGACCCGAAUACAAACUACUCGAACCUUGGUUAAACCAAGGACUCUUAACAAGCUCAGGUAAUAAAUGGCGUUCGCGGAGGAAACUUUUGACUCAUACAUUUCAUUUCAAAAUAUUAGAAUCGUACAUUUCUAUAUUUAAUAAGCAUUCUCAAUCUUUAAUGAAAAAUCUUAUUAGUGCAUCAGAAAACCAUGGACCCAUAAAAGAUAUUAACUCUUUAGUUACACUUUGUGCAUUGGACAUAGUAUGUGAAACCAUAAUGGGUGUCAAUAUACAGUCACAAGAAGGAAAAUCAAAGGAUUAUGUAAAAGCUGUUAUAAGUGUAAGUAGCUUAUCAAUUGAUCGAAUAGCUAAAUUCUGGCUGUGGAAUGAAAAAAUUUUUAACCUUAGUAAAAAUGGAAGAGACUUUCAUAAAUCACUGAAAAUAUUGCAUGACUUUACUGAAAAUGUUAUAAAAGAAAAACGAGAAAAACUGGAUUCAAAAAAAAAUUUAGUCAAUGAAAAUGGGACAAAAAAAAUUUAUUCGUUUUUAGAGCUCUUAAUUGACGUUUCUAAAGAAAAUCCAGAUAUUAUGACUGAUAAAGAUAUUCGUGAAGAAGUUGAUACGUUUCUAUUUGAAGGGCACGAUACCUCGUCUAUUGUUUUAACAAUGACAUUAAUACACUUAGGAUUAAAUCAAUAUAUACAACAAAACGUUAGAGAUGAACUUAAUGCAAUUUUUGGGAAUAGUGAUCGAGAGGCUAGAUUAGAAGAUCUGAAAAGUAUGACUUACUUAGAAAGAGUUAUUAAAGAAACGAUGAGAUUGUAUCCUAGCGUGACUGCUAUCUCAAGAAAAUUAAAACAACCUCUUUACCUUGAAAAAUAUACAAUUCCUGCAAAUACCUAUAUAGCAAUUUCGCCACAUAUGCUACACCGUACUGAAUCAAUUUACCCAAAUCCAGAAGAAUUUAAUCCUGAUAGAUUUAUUCCAGACCAAUGCCUUGCACGACAUCCCUAUGCUUACAUACCAUUUAGCGCAGGGCCUAGGAAUUGUAUAGGUCAAAAAUUUGCGAUGAAUCAAAUUAAAUGUGUGGUAUCAACAAUUUUAAGGCAUAUUAAGUUAGAAACUCUAGGAUCACAAAAUGAUCUCAUAAUUAGUACUCGGUUAAUUAUGAAAGCUAAAGUACCAGAUUUAAAAAUAACAUCUUUAAAUAAUAAUAAUAAUUAUUAGUUUCAUAUUUAACGCAAAAGUAAUUUAUUUUGAAAAUGCAAAAAAAAAAUAUAUAUAUAUUUUAAACGUUUUUUGAAAUUAAAAUUUUUAAUAUGCAUAAUGAUGCUUAGUAUUUUUUAAUUGAUAAAUUUACUUUUUUCAUAGUAAAUUUCUUAAUUUCUUAUUUAUAUUUGUUGUAUAUAUGAAUGUAAGUAUUAUGUUAAUGUAUUUAACAAUAAUAAAUAAUUAAAUUAUGAGCUGAGGUUAAAAGAAUGGCCAGACUGCAAAAAUGAAUGCAAUGAUUGUGUUGAUAACUAAAUUAAUAUGAACAAUUACUAUUAUUAAAUUAUAAAAUACUUUUUAGCUUGUAAAAACAUUAUUUUUCAUUUUUUUACGUUGUUAACUUGUAUGUUAAAAAUUAUAGCUCUCAUUAUUUUAUGUUGUAAAAUUUGUUUGUUUAAGUUAAACUAAACAAUAUACAUUUAAUAUAUGUAUGUAAUACAUUUUAUUAAUAUAAUUCAUAG